GUGAUGCCCCCCGUGCUCAUCCUGGAGUUCGUCUUCGGAUUGUUGGGCAACCUGUUCACCAUCUGGAUCACCUGGUGGCACAUCAAGGUGUGGAGCGGCUUCACCGUUUACCUCUUCAACCUGGCCAUUGCUGACUUGCUCUUCGUCUUCCAGCUGCCCAUGAGGAUCGCCUACCACUUGAACUUCAACGACUGGCACCUGGGUGAGUUCAUUUGCGACCUGAUGGCGGUCUUGUUCUACACCAACAUGUACGGCAGCAUCUACUUCCUCACCUGCAUCAGCGUCGAGAGGUGGCAGGCGAUCGGCAAGCCCUUGCGCUCACUCCGGCAAAAUUCGGUGAGGCGCGCCAAGAUCAUAAGCCUGGCAAUGUGGGCCUUGGCUAUUAUACCCCAGAUAGGCAUGCCCUUAAUUUUCAACCUCACCUACAACCAGAGCAACACCACAAAGUGCCUGAGCUUCAACCAAUUGGGCGUCAUGCAUACUUUCCGGAUUUGGAAUACCGUGGAGGUCUUCAUCGGAUUCCUCAUCCCGUUCCUCAUCAUGGUCGUCGUCCAGGUCAAGGUGGCUCGCAUACUGCUCUGCCAGAGCACCAAUCCGAUGCUGGUGCGAACGCGAAAGAGGGCGGCCUGCUUCAUCAUUGUCAUCCUCGUCAUCUUCGCCUUCUGCUUCGUGCCGGUGCACAUAUGCCGCGUCUUGCUCGUCACCGUGCACAUCUACUUCCCGGACAGUUGCGACCUCAACCAGAUGGCCAUGGAGGGUUUCUACGUCUCGCUGCUCGUCUCCAGCUGCAACUGCUUCAUGGACCCGCUCAUCCUCUUCGUGUCGGGCAGCCAGUUCCGCGAGGCGGCCAGGGCGGCGAUGAAGGUGUGCUUCGGCCGCGCGGGAAUCUACUGCAAGGACUGCACCGUGAAGAGCAAGGACAUGUUCGUGUACACAAUAAGCAUGCGCGAUCUGGAGCUCAGGCCGUACAUCAACACCGCGUAAGGAAGGGCGGCUUAAGGGGCCAAAGAAUAA